AUGAUUUUACUGGGUCUUCUAGCGACCGCGCUAGUAGCGCGAGCUGCAGAAGAUCCUUGUGGCUCGGCGCCGACUGAAGCCAAUAAGAUCGUGUGCCGGCAGUUGCACAAAUGGGAUGUUGCAGCUCGGAAAAAGGCAACAACAAAACUGUUAGCUCUGCCGCCAGGAGUUGCUGCAUCAGGUGGAAGGGCUAUCGCUGCCGAGUUCGCACCCAUUGCUAGCUCCAUUUACCAGUGUGUGGAUCUGCAAUGCAUGUGCACCUAUCUCAGAGGAAACCUUGCCCCCACUGGAGAAUGCACGCUGCCCAAUGGACAAAUGUUGAAGAAAGCAAUAAGAAAGGAGAUACGUAUGCUUACCGACGACGAACGUGAACGUUACUACGAGGCAGUUCGUAUACUAAAGCAGAAUGGCGAAUAUGAUCGAAUCUCUCGAAUUCACUCUCAAUCAACCAAGUCCGGCGGUGCUCAUUCUGGUCCCGCUUUCUUACCGUGGCAUCGUGAAUUCACUAAAAGGCAGGAUACAGUAUCGAAAACUUGUUAUUCAUCCUUCACAUGGACUGAUUUGAAGAAAGACAAACCUUUUAGUGAAUUCACGAUGCCACGAUACGAAUUUGCCCUGCGGCAAAUCGAUCCAUCCCUAGCACUCCCAUAUUGGGAUUCAACACUGGAAAGUGCUCUACCGCGUCCUGGUGAUUCUGUAUUAUUCACAACCCUUGAAGAAUUACUGUUCAUUCAGGGUCAAGCUAAUGUUAAGAGAGCCGUAGCAGCUCAAGGUGCUCCUUUCACGCAGAACGAUAUCAACUUCGUUCAUGAACCAGAACCAAGUCGAUCAAGUGCUUGCCUUCUCUUCUCCACGACA